UAGCUCAUCCCCGUGUCCGUGUGUAUGAAAGGCAGAAAACCCCUCGGUACAGCUCUUAUUGCGCUACGGACACCGUGUGCAUCUGUGAGAUAAUAUCUGGAAUCUACUUAAUGAGAGUUGAUCUUUGGUGGUUACUCACGCCUGAGUUAGAAGGUCCAACUUACUACACGACACACAAGUCAAGAGUACCAGCAGAAGACCCGCCACGGGAAACCAGAGAAAAGGAAAGGGGAACCUUUCUAGCUGCUCGGUGUUCUCUGAGAACAGCAGAUGACCUGGCCAACCAAUCCCUGGGCUAUGUGACAGAGCUGAGUGAGGAGAGCACAGCGCUGGUGUGGGAGUGUGAGCAGGCCGAGGAGGAGGAGGAAGAGGCGGACGGAGCGGAGCGCAGAGGAAUGGGAGUGGGCAGGAACACCACCUCCAAAGCCAUGGACUCCACGGGAGAGGGCGGGAAGUACGAGGAGGACACCAAGCGUGCCGCUGACUUCUACCCCGUCCCUGUGGUGGUGAACGGGGUGAGCCAGGCCAAUGGCGAGCAGGACACCGAAGACACUGAGCUCAUGGCCAUUUACACUAAAGAGGACAAGGCUACUGACAAGUGCUCCAUGUCUGACACCAUGGACAGUGCGGAGGACAGUGUUGGUAUGCCGAGAAUGGACAUGAUCUACACUAUAGAGGACACACCUCCCUGGUACCUCUGUAUCUUCCUGGGUUUGCAGCACUAUCUGACAUGUUUCAGCGGCACAAUAGCGGUCCCCUUCCUGCUUGCCGAUGCCAUGUGUGUGGGCUUCGACCAGUGGGCCACCAGCCAGCUCAUCGGCACCAUCUUCUUCUGCGUGGGCAUCACCACUCUCCUACAGACCACCUUCGGUUGCCGUCUGCCUCUUUUCCAGGCCAGUGCGUUUGCCUUCUUAGCCCCAGCUAGAGCCAUUCUGUCCCUGGAGAAAUGGAAAUGCAAUAAUACAGAUAUUCAGAGCUCCAACAGUACCGAACUGCUUCAUACAGAACACAUCUGGCAUCCACGAAUACGAGAGAUCCAGGGGGCGAUCAUCUUCUCCUCGUUGAUCGAGGUGUGUAUUGGGGCGCUGGGUCUGCCAGGGUUGUUGCUGAAAUACAUUGGGCCCCUGACCAUCACCCCCACCGUGGCCCUCAUUGGACUGUCCGGCUUCCAGGCAGCCGGCGAGCGCGCAGGAAAACACUGGGGCAUCGCCAUGCUGACCAUCUUCCUGGUCCUGCUGUUCUCCCAGUACGCCCGUAAUGUCCAGCUGCCUCUCCCCAUCUACAAGGCCAAGAAGGGAUGGACCUCGUACCGGCUGCAGCUCUUCAAGAUGUUCCCAAUCAUCAUGGCCAUCCUGGUGUCGUGGUUCCUGUGUUUCAUCUUCACCAUCACAGACGUGUUCCCGCCCGAGAGUGACCAGUACGGUUACUACGCCCGCACAGACGCUCGCCACGGGGUGCUCGCGGCCGCCCCCUGGUUCAAAAUACCCUACCCCUUUCAGUGGGGCUGGCCCACGGUAACUGCUGCCGGGGUUAUUGGCAUGAUGAGUGCCGUGGUGUCGAGCAUCAUUGAGUCCAUUGGAGAUUACUACGCCUGUGCCAGGCUGUCUUGUGCCCCGCCUCCCCCUAUACACGCCAUCAACAGGGGGAUCUUCAUGGAAGGGGUCGCUUGUGUCCUAGACGGAGUGUUUGGCACAGGGAAUGGUUCUACGUCCUCCAGUCCCAACAUUGGUGUGCUGGGGAUCACUAAGGUGGGCAGUCGGCGGGUGAUCCAGUACGGCGCGGCCAUCAUGCUCCUGCUGGGGCUGGUGGGGAAGUUCAGCGCGCUGUUCGCCUCGCUGCCUGACCCCGUGCUGGGGGCGCUGUUCUGCACGCUCUUCGGCAUGAUCACCGCCGUCGGUCUCUCCAACCUGCAGUUCGUCGACCUCAACUCCUCACGCAACCUCUUCGUCCUCGGAUUCUCCAUCUUCUUCGGCCUGGUCCUGCCCAGCUACCUCAAGACCAACCCCCUGGUCACCGGUAUCAGUGAGAUUGACCAGGUGUUAAACGUGCUUCUGACCACGGCCAUGUUUGUAGGAGGUUCUGUGGCCUUUGUGCUUGACAACACUAUUCCAGGUGAGCCACUGAAGGUAGUACACUACACACACAAGCAGAACCAAUGCAGUCAUUCACAAUCCAUUAGAGAGAGAGAGAGAGAGAGAGAGAGAGAUCCACGAGCAAACUAGAAAUUAUUUUAAUGA